AUUCUCCCUUUUUGUCAAUCUGACAAGGUGUAAAUGAACGAAAGAGACGCUUAAAAGCGAGAGUUUGUUCACUUAUCGAACACAUUACACAUAAUUAAUGACGUUAAAUGUGUGAACGCCGCGGUUUUGAGGUUGUUUGUUUGUUUAUUUGUGUCACUCCGCCGCCCAACCUCCUCGAGGCUCUCUCUUGCCUACAGGCUUUACAGGCGCCSCUUCCCGGCAUCAGCGUCACUCGACGACGCAACGAGGAGCGGCCCCGGCCAAUCAGAACGCGCCAUAGCGGCAGUAUAAAAGAAGCUGUUAUUGGCCUGACAGGAACACACCUCCGCGAAGCUCUAAGCGCAAACACAGCUAGGAGAAAAAAAAAGAGAAGUUGAACUUGACAGGAUUAUUUAAACGGGAUUCAGAAUCCGGGGAAGAGAUUUUCCUGCUGAAAACGAACACAAGAGAGCUUUGCUGGACUUUCACUCUCAUUUUUUAAAAUAYUUCAUUUAAAAUUUGGGACGUUUUGAUUCGUCGAGCGCCUGAAUCGAUGCAUGCUCUCUGAAUAUUGUUGUUUAUCCCAGAGACAGGUUUUCUAGAAGCAGCUGGUAAGCUUCUUCCUUUUUUUUCCCGUCGCUACGACUUUAAAGAUGGAACAGCCUUUUUAUCAUGACGACUCGUUUCUGCCGGCUUACGGCCACUCAGAUGCAGCAAUGUACGACUACAAACUGCUAAAGCAGAAUAUACAUUUGAACUUGACAGAGCCCUAUCGCAACCUGAAAUCCCAGCUGGGAGCCGAGGCGGACCCGUACCACCAGGCAGCGGGGCCGCAGCAGCAGGACUUGGGGUCCCUGAAUCUCGAGUCGCCUGAGCUGGAGAGCCUCGUCAUCCAGAAAGGUACCAAAGGUACCGGGGUGCUCACCACUCCCACCCCGGGACAGUACCUCUACAACCGGGGCAUCACCGAUGAGCAGGAGGGCUUCGCCGAGGGCUUCGUGAAGGCUCUGGACAAGCUCCACAACAUGCACCAGAUCCCUCCUCCGAACGUGUCCCUCGGCGCCGGCGGGGUUACGACGUGUUCGCCGGCGGCCUCUAGCGUCUUCGGCCCCUCGCUGCAGCCGGAGACUCCCAUCUACACGACSCUGAACGCCUACUGCCCGAACACCAGCCUGUCCUCUUCCGCAUCCAGCUACCCCACAGCCACCAUCAGCUACCUGCCGCCCCACCACCAGCAGAGCCACACGCAGACCUCCGCGCACCACUUCCAGCCCACUCUGGCCGGCUCAGGCAUCCACCCGCAGCGGCUCCUCACUCUGAAGGAGGAGCCGCAGACCGUGCCGGACCUCCUCAGCAGCGACGGCUCGCCCCCGAUGUCUCCCAUCGACCUGGAGUCUCAGGAGCGGAUCAAGGCGGAGCGCAAGCGGCUGAGGAACCGGCUGGCGGCCACCAAGUGCCGGAAGCGCAAGCUGGAGCGCAUCGCGCGGCUGGAGGAGAAGGUGAAGGUGCUGAAGAACGACAACGCGGGGCUCUCCAACACGGCGUCGGUGCUGCGAGAUCAGGUGGCGCAGCUCAAACAGAAGGUGCUGACGCACGUGAGCAGCGGCUGUCAGCUGAUGCUGACCAGCAAAAUGGAGGCGUUUUAAAAACGAAAGCGGCAGAGACUGAAUGACUGAGAAAAGUAAUAACACUGGAGGCGUGAUCGGUGCGCCCAGCUCUGGAGCCGAGAGUGGACAGGGCAGUGGACCGUUCCGGGGUGGCGAACAGGAAAGACUGAUAAAAAUGGUACUUCCGGAUGCUGGUCACCGCUCAGAACCAUUCAACCCUUAAAAGCAGGGCAGCAUCCAGGCUGAGAACAACACAGCUGGCCCAAAGGUUUACCUCGGGGUUCAAAAUGGGAAUGAGUUAUUGUUUGGACUUUUGAAACUGGUAAACAAACAAAACAAAAGCAUUUAUUCAUUGUGUAAAUUAUUUUGUUUGUCUGGUUGAUCCAGACAAACUGUUAAUGUUUACAUUGUCUUUUUUUUUAUUUGUGAUGUGUAUUUAAGUAAAGUGUCUUUUAAAAUGAAGAAAAAAAAAACUGGA